AUGGGUUACAAGAAUGCCCUGCGUCCAGACUUCUCAGCCAGCAUCCUGAGGAAAAGGAGACUCACGGCGAGUCCCACAAUUCCAGCAUCCCAGGCAGCUGCUCAACUGCGAAGGCUAAGGUGUCUGCAGGGCUCACAGAUGUUACAGAUACUAGAAAAAUCAUUGAGGAAGAGCCUUCCUGAAUCCUUAAAGGUUUACGGGACCAUAUUCCACAUGAGCCAGAGAAACCCUUUUAAACUAAAGGCGCUAGUGGACAAAUGGCCAGAUUAUAAUGCAGUGGUUGUCCGCCCGGAAGAACAGAAUAUGACAGAUAACUUUGGUCACUACACCAACACUUACCAAAUCUAUUCUAAGGAUCCAUGGAACUGCCAGGAAUUCCUUGGCAUCUCAGAAGUCACCAACUGGAAACAGCAUUUGCAGAUUCGAAGCUCACAUUCCAGUCUGGAUGAAGUGAUUCCAAAUCUUGCGUCCACUAAAUCCAUUAAGGUCAAGAGAACACAACGCAUUCUUUAUAUGAUGCCGAAAACAGCGAGGACCUUGGUUCUCUCUCUGCUGCAGGCAAAAAACUUACCCCCUGAAAUGAGAAGACCCAAACCCAUUAAUGAAGAGCUGUUUAAACACGCAUCCCUGGACAUCACCCACCCUGCCUUGGUGACUAGAUUUUGGCAUUUCUGUGGCAAUGAGAGUAGCCAAAGAUUGAUUGAGCGCUGUAUCCGGACCUUCCCCACCGCGUGCUUGCUGGGGCCUGAGGGAACCCCUGUGAGCUGGAUGUGGAUGGACCAGACUGGAGAACUGAGAACGGGAGCUACUGUUGUUCCCAAGCACCGGGCCCAGGGCCUCAUAUCCCAUCUUCUCUAUUUCCAUAUCCAGGCUCUGGACGAACUUGGCUUCCCCACAUCUAACCAUAGGGACAGAGCCAACAAGUUCAUACAGAAAAUGAGCGAAAGUCUGCAGCUUGUCCACCUGCCCUGUGACUGGAGCCAGUGGAACUGUGUGCCUGUGACACUGACCCUGACACCAGUCCGUGGAAAGGGGCCUGAGGACGUGACUGGAGGCGCAGACCGGUAA